AUGUCAAAAGCUUUGAAAAUACGUGAAGCUGAUAGGUUUCCCGGGAAAGUAAUGAGCCUGGCCCACGUUGCGAACGCCAACAAGAUUGUGAAUGAGAAGCUUACCAAAAGGCAGUUAAAGAUGUUCAAGAGAAUAGCUUUUGGGCGAUUUGUAGAUAUUGAACUUGUAUUCAACAAUCCCCUUAUCCACCAUAUGUUAUUGAGGGAAGUGAAGAAGCAGGGAGCGAACUCGAUUAGUUUCUUUAUCAGAGGAAAAGUCGUCACAAUUUUUAAGGAAGAUUUUUUAUUGAUCACUGGUUUGUGGCAGUCCCCUACGCUAGUUGUACGGAGUGAGGAGUCCUCACAAGAACUUGCCACAAGGUACUUUGGUAAUCGGUUGACCUCAGACACAUUCCACCCGAAUUUACUGAAAGAAGAAUACAAGAAUUUGGUAUUUGAAAACGACGAUGAUGUUGUUAAAAUCACCUUAGUAUAUUACACAGAGAUUGCAAUGAUGGGUAAGAACAAGCAAAAGAGUGUUGUCGAUCGUACUCUAUUUGAGGAUGUUGAAGACAUAUAUUAUUACAAUAGUCUUGAUUGGGGUACAAUUAUUUGGCAGAGGACAUUCGACGCCCUCAAGAUCACACUAAAUGAUAAGGUUGGUUUAUACAAGGAGAAGACAAAAGUAAAAAAGGGUCUUGUCAUGUCCGAUGCUGAGAAGAAGUUUCGGGACACUCAAAUUGAUAUAUGGGUCGUAAGACAAAUACACUCCAACACUGAGAGUUCAAAGAGCUCAAGUAGUUCAGAGAGUGGUUGUAGUUUCGACGAUAGUUCUAAAGGUGGGGAAAGUGAUGAGCAAGAUAAUUUAGAAGGUGGAGUGAGGAACGAUAAAUCAGAUGAGGACAUGAACAUCCACUAG